ACAUAAAAAUUUAAAAUAAAACAAUAUCACAAACGUAAAUAUAAUAAAUAAAGUUUCUUCUUAAAACUUUUCUAAAAGUAUCCAUUGAAAUCAAAAUCGAUGAAGGCUUUAGUUGUCCCGGCUUGUGAUCAUCACGGUGAAGGCUUUGAAUGUUGAAGCUUAAAUUAGAGUUUUAGCAAUGGCGGAAACACCUCCCAAGCUUCCAUGGAAGUCCCGAGUUCUUAUUCGUCUCUUUUCCUCAGCCUCUUUCAUAAGUCGUCGUUCAAACAUCACCGUCAACCGUUUCCUAAUCAGUUUCUUCGACCCCAAGAUCCCUUCUUCUUCUAAACAACAAAACGGGGUUUCGACUUACGACGUCGUUUUCGAUCAUUCUCGUAAUCUCUGGUUUCGCUUCUUUCUUCCUUUUUCUUUUUCUUCUUCAGCUGAUAGUGUUACACUGCCCGUUAUCAUUUACUAUCACGGUGGUGGGUUUGUGUUCUUUUCGCCUGAUUCGAUGGCUUACGAUGAUCUUUGCCGGAGACUGGCACGUGAGUUAGGUGCGGUGGUUGCGUCUGUUAAUUAUCGACUUUCUCCAGAACAUCGUUUCCCAAUUCCUUAUGAAGAUGGAUUUGAAGCUUUGAAAUUUCUUGACACUGUGGAAAAUAAUUUGGAUUUUGGUGGUUUUCCAGUGAAGUUGGAUGUUAGUCGGUGUUUUCUCGCCGGUGAUAGUGCUGGCGGCAAUCUCCCUCACCACGUGGCUCUUAGAUCCGGUGGCUACGACUUCAAGAAGGUAACGUAACGUAACGUUACCGUUUUCGUUUAUUUCGGUUCAUAUUUUAUUUUUUAAUAUUCUUCACCAAAUUUACAAAACAAAAACCAAAAUUUUAAAAAUUUCUCCAUUUAGUAUUAAUCUUUAUUUUGGUAAAUAUUGUUUAAGAUACAAUGAAAUGGUUACUAAAAGCUUUAAUUUUUUUAAAUAACUUAUUUGUUAGAUUAUUCAAAACAUAUCCUUAUUCACUACUAUGAUAUACUGGAUGGUUCGACAAUAAAAAAUGAAGGGUGUAUUGAGCUAGCAUUGAAAAAAGUAUUUGUAAAUGUAACUCAUCAUUUUAGUGUGUUUCGUUCCGUUUUCUUAUAAUUACUAAGUCAAUUUCUUUGUUUCACAUUCGAUUGUUGAACUAAAAAAGAAAACAAAUGCGUAGCCAAAAAUAUAAUUGUGUGAUCAAUAUUGGCUCCUUCGAUCAAGCUUUCCCCACAAACAAUUCUUUUAGUUUAGUGUAUAUUUUUAAGUGUGAAUCUUAACUUAAUAAUGAUGUCGUUGAAUAAUAGUAAAUUUUAGACUAAUAACGAAUUGUCGUGUAAUAUCUUAAACUAACGAUGUAAUUUUAAAUUUCAAAUUUUACGAUCCAAUUAAAAGUUAUACAUGUUUCAAAUUAAAAUUGAAGAUAUAAGUUCACAAAUCACGAUGAUGUCAUGUGUUUUUAUUACGUGAACUUUCCUCAAAAUAAAAAAAAAAUAGGCCCAAUUUAGCUGAAAAGGGCUAAUCAAGUUCAAAUUCGAAUUAGUUGGGCUAGGUGCUAUGUUGAUGGACCAAUCAAACCAUAAAUCCUAACUCUUCGAGUUGAAUCAUGCUCUUGAAGAUAUAGAUACUCUGUUCCAAGACCUUUAACUUAAAAUAUAUUAUGUUUGGAGAAAGAUUAUGUGCUCGAAACGUAUUGAUUUAUAGAAAGAGAAUAAGAAGAUUAAUUGCAAUACAACCACUUUUUGGAGGAGAAGAGAGAAUCACCAAUGUUGACUUUGGAAGAAACAGAUCGGUCUUGGAAAGCAAUUUUGCCAAAUGGGUCAAGCAGAAACCACCCGGCAGCUCAUGUGUUCGGAGCCGAUUGUGUUCGAGACAUAUCGAGCGCAGCGUUUCCACCGACGCUUUUGAUCGUGGGAGGACGAGACCCUUUACGAGAUUGAGAGAGAAGGUAUUACGAGUGGUUGAAAGAGGGUGGAAAAGAAGUUGAUUUGGUUGAAUAUCCAAAUGCCAUUAGUCAUGGAUUUUAUGCAGUUCCUGAGCUCAAGGAUUGUUCAUUGCUAAUUAAAGAUGCAAUUGAUUUCAUGCACAAACAUAUGCCACUUUAAAAUAGCUUUCUUUUAAGUUUUUCUCACGAGUUUAUGUUCAUGUAAUUUUGUUAAGAGUGUUUGGAUAAGUUUAACCCAAAACAAAAGUUGAAAUCUUAUUCUAAUUUUGAUAUUUGUUUUGAUA